AUGGAGACGGGGGUGAUCAACAGAGAGGGAUUUGGUGGUUCUUUACCUGUUGAAAAUGUCCAAGCUCUUGCAUCCAAGAACUUGAAAGACAUCCCAUCCAGGUAUAUCAGGCCAGAGGUCGAGUUCGAUGUAGUUUCCAUCGAUGAAUCCUAUCAGAUUCCUGUGAUUGAUAUGAGCAAAUUAGGCCAUGAUGAUGAACAGCAGAAACUCCAUUUGGCGUGCAAGGACUGGGGCUUCUUCCAGUUAAUCAGUCAUGGGGUAGGGGAUAAAGUAAUUGAUAAAAUGAAGAUAGACGUACAAGAGUUCUUCGAAUUACCAUUGAAUGAGAAGUUGGCUUGUGCCCAGCUACCGUAUAACAUCGAAGGCUACGGCCAAGCCUUUGUAGUGUCUGAAGACCAGAAGCUUGAUUGGGGUGACAUGCUUUUCCUUCUUCCCCGGCCUGUGCCCUUGAGAAACAUGAGAUUUUGGCCAACUAUUCCCCCUUCAUUCAGAGCAACAAUGGAUAAGUACUCAAUGGCAUUACAAAAGGUUACAAUUCAUCUCAUGAGGCUGAUUGCAAAGAACCUGGGGACAGACCCGGAGACGUUUGCAAGCUUCUUUGAAGAUGGAACACAGGGAAUAAGGAUGAACUACUAUCCACCUUGUGCACAAGCAAGCAAGGUUAUUGGUCUAGCACCACACUCUGAUUCCACUGCCUUGACGCUGUUGAUUCAGGUGAAUGAAGUUGAAGGACUACAAAUCAAGAAAAAUGGCAAAUGGAUACCUAUUAAACCCAUAUCUGGUGCAUUCAUCAUCAAUAUAGGAGACGUGAUGGAGAUAAUGAGCAAUGGAGAAUAUGAAAGCAUUGAGCAUAGAGCAGUGGUUAACCCAAACAAAGAACGACUGUCAAUUGCAGCAUUUCACAGUCCAAAUAUAAGUACCAUGAUUGGUCCACUGCCAGAUGUUGUUAAGGCAAAGGAAGCAGGGUUCAGGACUAUGCCACAUGAGGAGUUCGUGAGACUGACAAUAAGCAGCAAACUUGAUGGGCAAGGUCUGUUGGAUCAAAUGAAGCUCUAAUUGGUAAUCUUGGUUAUCAAUCUCUAUAACAACAAACAGCGUUCUCAUCAAUGGAAAGAUGCUUGUAUGCUAUGUCUGCAAGUUGGGUUUAUCCAAAGUGCAAAAACAUCAUCGGUCACCUUUAAUAAUAAAAGGUUGAAAGAGGAUUAUGAAUUAUGAUGCCAAAACAGGGCUAACUCCGUUGGUUCAGCAUACGAAUUUGUUAAAUUACUACACACCGAUCGAGGUAGAGAUGUGCUGAAAUCGUAACCAAUUGCAACAAUCUCAAUCACCCCCCACUUGCCCGCUGCUUUUGCUUACAGAAUAAUAAGUUUCGACCCAUGCCUUUCUUGAUAGCUGCUAUUAUGGUUCUGCAUUACCUGAUGAUGACCUUACUCAAUGAAUUUUUUAUGCCAGUAUUUUGUCCAACCCUUUUUCGAAGUUCCACACAUUUAUUAUUUCAGGUUUAAGAACCACAACUCCAUUUCGAGGACGACAAUGUUUUAAAAGGGAUUCAUCGUCCCAUCAAAGGGUUUAAUCACUACUUUGUAUAAUGGCUUGCUUUGAUAGCUUUUAACAAUUACUAAUGUUGUGAAUCCUCAGCUCCCUUUCAUGUUCGAUGAUGAAGGAGAUUCAAGUGUAUAAACUUCCUAGACCGUCUGACUUGAGCUUUGGAUUUAUCAGCUUUUAAAGUUUGUUUUGUUUUAACAGGAGAGUACCUAGCUUCAAAAUUAUCGCUCCUGUUCACUUGUACUGAACUUGGCUCUCUUGCUAUCGGCCAAUUCUAGUGCUAAAUGGAACUUGGACAAUCUCAUGUGACUAACAAACUCACUGCCACAAUUAAUGUGUAGCUUGUCAAAAAUUGCCAUCACAACCUUUGUAAAAAAAAAAAAAAAAAGCAAUUCAAAGAGCUAAGCAUAAGAUCUAACGAAAUGAUGUUAGCUAAAUACAGUGAAAAGGUGGGCAUCAGGUCUCCAAGGUGAUUUACCAUCAAAGAUAUACUAAUUCAGACGCAAAUUACCCAUUAAAAUAUGAGAUUCAUCACAUGCCCACAACUCGAUUCACUAUAACAAGUUCAAAACCUUAAUACGUUGUUUUAGAAAAUAAAAGGAGAACUAUAAAGCGAUCAGAACCUGUCGGAACUUCAAUUUAACAUCAAACUAUUUUAUCAGUGGAUUGACAGACCAUUGAAUUUCUAUCAUCACAUCGC